UAUGCCGAUUCGGAUUCACUGUGUUAAACCGGUCGUACUGUUGGUGCAUCGUCUUGGAUAUUUUCUAAAUAUUUUCGUUUUACAACUGAGUAGGGUUGUGAAUCUUGUUUCAUAUUGAAAAUAACUGUUUUGUUUAACAUUUUCAAUGAGAGUUUAUCAGUGUUCUAACUGUAUGUUUGAAGAAACCCGUUUGAAUCUUGUGAUAUUUUUUGACUAGGUUGCAGAUUGCGAAAAAAUCAAGACCGACCCUGUAGGCUCAUAACUGUUAGAUGUGAGCUGAGGACAGAACCAUGAGUUUUGGUAGCGAUGAAGUCAAUUUCCUUGUGUACAGGUACCUUCAGGAAUCUGGAUUUGUACACUCGGCAUAUACAUUUGGGAUAGAGUCUCACAUCAGCCAGUCAAAUAUCAAUGGAGCGCUGGUGCCCCCUGCUGCCCUUCUUAGUAUCAUACAGAAAGGGUUACAGUAUACAGAGGCAGAGAUAAGCAUUGGAGAGGAUGGUUCAGAAAAGCCGAUUGAAUCACUGUCACUUAUUGAUGCCGUCUUGCCCGAUGUGGUGGAGAGUAGAAAACAGGCACAGAACAAGACAGCACAGGUGAAGACAGAAGCUGCGAACACGAAUGGCGAGGAAAAUUCUAACACAGUCGCAAAUCACACAGGAGAAAACAUGGAGGUUGAUGGGGGUGUGGAAAUUCCAAGCAGUAAAGCGACAGUACUGCGGGGGCACGAGUCGGAGGUGUUCAUCUGUGCAUGGAAUCCUGUCAAUGAUCUUUUAGCAUCUGGUUCUGGUGACUCGACAGCGAGAAUAUGGAAUAUGAAUGAUAAUAGUGGAAAUGCCAAUCAGCUUGUUUUACGACAUUGUAUACAGAAAGGCGGGGCAGAGGUGCCAAGCAACAAAGAUGUAACUUCUUUAGAUUGGAAUUUUGAUGGUACCUAUUUAGCGACAGGAUCUUAUGAUGGGUAUGCCAGAUUAUGGAGCACAGACGGUCGAUUAUUGAACACAUUAGGUCAACAUAAAGGUCCUAUAUUUGCAUUAAAAUGGAAUAAACAGGGCAAUUAUAUAUUAAGUGCUGGAGUAGAUAAAACAACAAUUAUUUGGGAUGCCAGCUCAGGGAGAUGUACUCAACAGUUUUCUUUUCAUUCUGCACCUGCCCUUGAUGUAGAUUGGCAGACCAAUACAAGUUUUGCCUCGUGUUCUACGGAUCAGUGUAUUCAAGUUAAUAAAUUAGGCUGUGAUCGGCCAAUAAAGACAUUCCAGGGACAUACUAAUGAAGUAAAUGCAAUCAAGUGGGAUCCACAGGGUAACUUACUGGCGUCCUGUUCAGAUGAUAUGACAUUAAAGAUAUGGAGUAUGAAACAAGACACUUGUGUACAUGACUUACAAGCGCAUAACAAAGAAAUCUACACGAUAAAAUGGUCUCCUACUGGGCCCGGCACAGACAAUCCAAAUGCUCCAUUGAUACUAGCUAGUGCUUCUUUUGAUUCAACAGUCAGAUUAUGGGAGGUAGAACGAGGAACAUGUAUACACACGCUCACAAAACACCAGGAACCAGUAUAUAGUGUAGCUUUCAGUCCUGACGGCAAAUAUCUUGCUAGUGGAUCUUUUGAUAAAUGUGUUCAUAUUUGGAAUGUUAGUACUGGAGCCUUAGUACACAGUUACAGAGGGACGGGGGGUAUAUUUGAAGUGUGUUGGAAUCACCGAGGUGACAAAGUGGGAGCAAGUGCAUCGGAUGGCUCAGUGUUUGUGCUUGACUUGCGGAAAUGAUCCCUUCUGCCAUGAUUAUGGUAGCAAGCUAAUUAAUUGGUGCACAAAAUGGGAGUAGCAGGUAGUGUGAAACUGAAAUUUAAUGAAAACUGAUAGAAACGGUGAAGGGAAAAAAUAGUGUACCAAAUUUCAUGUAGAUGUGCUUCAGUGAGUCAACUCGGUGUUACAUUCACUGUUUGCUGGUGUGUUACGUCGUGAAAGGAGACAAAGGGAAAGAAAAUUAACAACUGAGAACAACAGAAUCUUGCAUGCACCUGGCUGCACAUACAUAAAAUUCACAAACGCUUUUUAAGUCAUGGAAGGCGAAAUGUUGAGACUGGAUAUAAAACAUCAGUGCAACAACAACAACAAAUUCUAGUAUAAAAUAUUAAUUUGAUAAUAAUAUCGGAACUGAUUGUUUGGAAAAACUUAAGUCAUCAUGUUUAGAGAUAAUGUUGCAGUUAGUUUUGUAAGAAAAUCUUUACAGAGUUUAUGAAAAAGAACAAUGUUGUAAAAAGAUCAAUAUGGUGAAUAAAGUGAGUUUCAGCUGCCAUAAUAGAGGAACAUAGGAGGCAGAAAGUUCCCGAUCGUGAUAUACUUAAAGUAGGCAGGGUUGCAGAAACACUAGCUAAUAGCUACUUUAGACUACUAGGCGAAUUUAUCACACUGUUAUGAAGACUUAUAUUUGACUUUUGACUGUAUUGGAUACAUGUAGUAGGUCACAAUCGGGUUACGAAAAAAUCUGUUUCUAGUUAACAAGAAAAAAAAUCUUUUAAAAAAAUGGUAAACAUUAAUGUUAAAGGAAUUCUUGCAUAAGUAAUUAAAAAAAAAUAAAAUGGAGCAUAAAAAAUAACAGAUCUGUUUUAAUAUGCUGUAAACAAAAACUGCAUUUAAGUAAAUGUUAACUAUUGUUGUUUCUAAACGAAUUGGAAUUACUGAACUGAUUUGACCUUGUUAGUUUACAGUUUUGUAAAAGUACUAAGUACAUUAGUUUUCCUCAGUCGUGAAAAUUGUUCAUCGUUACAUGUUGACUUGAACAAGUCAAUGCGUCAUUACAUUUUAUUCACGGGUUCAGUACUAAAACAUGGUAUCUGUUAGUUAGAUAGCUCGUUUUAGCUCUUGGCCCAUUGACCCGAGAUGAGAUCUCAAUUUGUUGUGAAAGUGUUUUGUGAAAGUUUGGUGUAAAUGUACUUACAUUUGGUUAUGAAAUUGUCCUCUAAAGGAACAGAAAAGCUGAGCACCUCUUUGCUCUGUUUCAGUUUUUAUAACUGAAUUAAGAUGCUAUGUCAGUUAAUUUGAUACGUAAACUGAAACUAAAGAAGAUAAUUAUCAAAAUUGCAUUUAAUUUGACGUAAUUGCUGUUUCAAAAAAGCAGGUUCUGAGAGUUAUUUCUAUGGUUACAGUUACGUACAAGUUACGAAACAGUUAAAUUAAAUCCGGCAAUGACUUUCGUGUCACGAAUCUGUUUUUAGCUCACCUGUCACAAAGUGACAAGGUGAGCUUUUGUGAACGCGCGGUGUCCGUCGUCCGUCCGUCCGUGCGUGCGUCCGUCCGUCCGUAAACUUUUGCUUGUGACCACUCUAGAGGUCACAUUUUUUGUGGGAUCUUUAUGAAAGUUGGUCAGAAUGUUCAUCUUGAUGAUAUCUCGGUCAAGUUCGAAACUGGGUCACGUGCCUUCAAAAACAAGGUCAGUAGGUCUAAAAAUAGAAAAACCUUGUGACCUCUCUAGAGGCCAUAUAUUUCACAAGAUCUUCAUGGAAAUUGGUCAGAAUGUUCACCUUGAUGAUAUCUAGGUCAAGUUCGAAACUGGGUCACGUGCCGUCAAAAACUAGGUCAGUAGGUCUAAAAAUAGAAAAACCUUGUGACCUCUCUAGAGGCCAUAUAUUUCACAAGAUCUUCAUGAAAAUUGGUCAGAACGUUCACCUUGAUGAUAUCUAGGUCAAGUUCGAAACUGGGUCACGUGCCUUCAAAAACUAGGUCAGUAGGUCAAAUAAUAGAAAAACCUUGUGACCUCUCAAGGCCAUAUUUUUCAUGGGAUCUGUAUGAAAGUUGGUCUGAAUGUUCAUCUUGAUGAUAUCUAGGUCAAGUUCGAAACUGGGUCACCUGCGGUCAAAAACUAGGUCAGUAGGUCAAAAAAUAGAAAAACCUUGUGACCUCUCUAGAGGCCAUAUAUAUCAUGAGAUCUUCAUCAAAAUUGGUCAGAAUGUUCACCUUGAUGAUAUCUAGGUCAAGUUCGAAACUGGGUCACGUGCCAUCAAAAACUAGGUCAGUAGGUCAAAUAAUAGAAAAACCUUGUGACCUCUCUAGAGACCAUAUUUUUCAUGAGAUCUUCAUGAAAGUUGGUCUGAAUGUUCACCUUGAUGAUAUCUAGGUCAAGUUCUAAAGUGGGUCACGUGCCUUCAAAAACUAGGUCAGUAGGUCAAAUAAUAGAAAAACCUUGUGACCUCUCUAAAAGCCAUAUUUUUCAUGGGAUCUGUAUGAAAGUUGGUCAGAAUGUUCAUAUUGAUGAUAUCUAGGUCAAGUUCGAAACAUGGUCAUGUGCGGUCAAAAACUAGGUCAGUAGGUCUAAAAAUAGAAAAACCUUGUGACCUCUCUAGAGGACAGACUGGUGAAUGGAUGUCCAUAAAGUUUGGUCAGAAUGUUCAUCUUGAUGAUAUCUAGGUCAAGUUCGAAAGUGGGUCAUAUGCCUUCAAAAAGUAGGCCAGUAGGUCAAAUAAUAAAAAAACUUUGUGACCUCUCUAGAGGCCAUAUUUUUCAUGGGAUCUGUAUGAAAGUUGGUCUGAAUGUUUAUCUUGAUGAUAUAUAGGUCAAGUUUGAAACUGGGUCAACUGCGAUCAAAAACUAGGUCAAUAGGUCUUGAAAUAGAAAAACCUUGUGACCUCUCUAGAGGCCAUAUAUUUCACAAGAUCUUCAUGAAAAUUGGUCAGAAUGUUCACCUUGAUGAUAUCUAGGUCAAGUUAGAAACUGGGUCACGUGCCUUAAAAAACUAGGUCAGUAGGUCAAAUAAUAAAAAGACCUUGUGACCUCUCUAGAGGCCAUAUUUUUCAUGGGAUCUGUAUGAAAGUUGGUCUGAAUGUUUAUCUUGAUGAUAUAUAGGUCAAGUUUGAAGCUGGGUCAACUGCGAUCAAAAACUAGGUCAGUAGGUCUUGAAAUAGAAAAACCUUGUGACCUCUCUAGAGGCCAUAUAUUUCACAAGAUCUUCAUGAAAAUUGGUCAGAAUGUUCACCUUGAUGAUAUCUAGGUCAAAUUAGAAACUGGGCCACGUGCCUUAAAAAACUAGGUCAGUAGGUCAAAUAAUAAAAAAACCUUGUGACCUCUCUAGAGGCCAUACUUUUCACGGGAACUGUAUGAAAGUUGGUCUGAAUGUUCAUCUUGAUGAUAUCUAGGUCAGGUUUGAAACUGGAUCAACUGCGGUCAAAAACUAGGUCAGUAGGUCUAAAAUUAGAAAAAUCUUUUGACCUCUCUAGAGGCCAUUUUUUUCAAUGGAUCUUCAUGAAAAUUGAUCUGAAUGUUCACCUUGAUGAUAUCUAGGUCAGUUUCGAAACUGGGUCACGUGCAAUCAAAAACUAGGCCAGUAGGUAUAAAAAUAGAAAAACCUUGUGACCUCUCUAGAGGCCAUAUUUUUCAUGAGAUCUUCAUGAAAAUUAGUGAGAAUGUUCACCUUGAUGAUAUCUAGAUAAAAUUCAAAACAGGGUCACGUACCUUCGAAAACUAGGUCAAUAGGUCAAAUAAUAGAAAAACCUUAUGACCUCUCUAGAGACCAUAUUUUUCAGUGGAUCUUCAUGAAAAUUGGACAGAAUUUUUAUCUUGAUAAUAUCUAGGUCAAGUUCAAAACUGGGUCACAUGAGCUCAAAAACUAGGUCACUAUGUCAAAUAGUAGAAAAAACGAUGUCAUACUCAAAACUAGGUCAUGUGGGAAGAGGUGAGCGAUUCAGGACCAUCAUGGUCCUCUUGUUAUAAUGCAGUCAUUUAGUGUGUCGCUUUUGCUGAACUUUAUAUAAAGGCUUGGGUUGUAAUGUAUAAGAGUACCCUAAAAUAAUAUUUUGUCUUGAAUUCAGAGUCCUGCAUGCUAGGGCUAAUUCUUUGAUAAGUCAAAGUCUGAAGUGCCAGUCAAGAUCCAAUUGCCGCAUGGUUGGCAACCUACAGCCCAAAUAUAGGCAGCUAGAUACUCAUACUAGAAAUAGAUUACCAGAAUUUAUUUAGCAGUUUGAAUUUUGCAAAUGGGCUUGUUUCAGCCUUGAAACCCGAGUGGCUCUUUUCUUGAAACCUUCUUGGGACAAAAGUAAGGAGGAAGGUAUUUCACGAACAUAAUUUUAAGUGGAUUCAUUAGGUCUAAACGGCUUUUCUUAGAAUCUGAGUUAAACAAAAAUAAGAGAUUUGUCAUAAAAAUGAACUAAUGUCACUCUUUUGAAAUGGUACAAGUUAUAUACGCUUUAAAAGGCCUUACUUAAGAGAGAAUAUAGGACAAAACUUACAAACUUUUGAGAAACAGGACCCAGAAUUCUUUAACAUUGAUGUUAUAUUGCUUGUAUGUAACAUCUGUUUUGAAAAAUAUAUUAUAUAUAAAUCUAUAUAUUUCAGAGUUAUGAAUAAAUUAUUAGAAACUUAAUGUUAUUGCGUAAUUAUCAAAUAAAUUAUUAGAAACUUAAUGUUAUUGCGUAAUUAUCAGUUAAGAAAAGAAAUAGGACAGAGACCAAAAUAUAGAAAUAGUUAACAUAUUUCAACUGCAACAGCUACGCGUAAUAGUGUAGAAGUGACACGGCUUGUAUAUGGAGUAUAUGUGCACAUAUUUUAUUUGUAGGUUGAUAAAGGGAAAAGAUCAAAUCUUUUCUUGUGUAUAUGAGCAACUGGUAUGUAAGAGGGAUCGUUGUGUGUGUAUAUGACAAAAAUAGGCAGCUAUUUAUUCUGUAUAUUGCUGUUAAUGAUUUUCAUGCAUUGUUUUCAUCAUAUAGAAUUUGUCAUCAUAGGUGGUUUUUUUGCCUGUCUUUUUGAAUGGAAGAAGAAAAAUGUCUGCCAAAAAAAAAGUCUGGUAUGAGUAUUAAUCAGAUUUUUUUCUUACGAACUUUUAUUUUAUUUCUUGUCAGAAAAAAGUUUAACUGUUUAAAGUAUACUGUUCUGGACUACAUAAAGAAACAAAUUAAAAACAAACUUAAAUGGUAAAACAAUUAGAUUUGACCUUCAGUUUUAGACAGGCUUAAUGUGUUGUUUUUUUGUUUUUUUGCAUGAAACAGUUUGUUUUUAUCUGUUGGUGUUUAAUAAAAUUCUGUUAUAUAAUAAAUAUUUGAAAUUUUUGUUCAGCUGAGUAACUAAAGGCAAAACUGUUUUCCACUCGUGAUACGAUAAUGUUGUGAAGUCAAAAAUUCUUGUUUCUCAUCUUGUAAUUUUUAAUUUCUUUUUUUUUUUUAGGGCAACAAAAUUAAAUUUGUUACUGUGUAUUAUGUUAAAAGAAAUAGGAAAUAAAGUUUAGAAAUUUUA